GUCUACGUCGUGAGGUUUGGAACCACUAACCCGGUUGUACACUUAUCACCAUGGUUGAGACCCAUAGUGGGAAGGAGACUAGCCCCUACACCACUGAGCAGCAAGAAAAGAUGGCCGCCUUAGUUAGAGAGAAUAAGGAGAGGAAAGAGCGUGAAAAUCAAGCCAAGCUAAAGGCUAUCGCAGACGAGCAGGCGGCGAAGAUGAAGAGAUUGGAGGAGGAGAUGAAGAGGGUACAACAGGAGGAGGAAGAAAGAAGGAAGGUUGCUGAAGCAGAAGCGGCAGCAGAAGAAGAGAAAGAGAGAAUGAGAAUUGAGAGUGGAGAAGGGAGCAGUGGCGGCACGAUGAAGUGGGAGACAGAUACUGAGCUGGAGAAGAAGAUCAGCGAGUGGGUCGCUAAUUUAUCGUUGGGGGAAGACGAGGAGGCGGAAUCCUAUGUAGGAAUGGGGACAGUUGAUCGACGUCGUCCGCGUGGAGCGACACCGAGACACCACGUGGAGAAAUCCAAAGAGUCGGUGCAGUCAGCGGUGCCGUGGCUGCUGCCUCUGGGAGUUACUUCAUUCCUGGUCGUCGCUCUGGUCACUGCGGUUGCCGUUUACAUUCUUUCUACGGGAAAGGGAAUAGGACAUCACGUGGGCGAUGGUAGGUCUGGGAACCCAUUUGUUCCACCCGGGACUAUGGCCGCCAAGGGGGGUGCAAAGACCUCAUUGCUGGUCAUGGGCGCUUCUCCAGCUGACAAGUCGGUCUACGAUCGAGGUCUGGUGACGGAAAGGGUCACGUACGAAAGUGUCCUUACGGAGCAUGGGCGGUACUAUAGGGAGCUUCUCCCUCGCAGGUUCUCUAAGACUGUGUUGGGAUUCGUGACGCCGUGGAAUUCCCGCGGCUACGAUGUGGCGAAGAAUUUCAGUUCCAAGCUGACGCAUAUCUGUCCCGUGUGGUACCAGUUGAAAGCAACAGCCAGGGGUCCCGAGCUGGGCGGAAAGCAAGAUGUGGACAAGGGGUGGCUACGUGCCCUCAAGGAACGUGGGAAGAAGGUCUUGCCUCGGUUUUCGGUAGAAGGAUGGCCUUUGAAUGAAAUGCUACUGAAUGCAGACUACACUAGGAAGAUGGUUGAUAUGGUCGCGGACGAAAUAAGCGCGCACGAGUAUGAUGGGCUAGUACUAGAAAGUUGGAAUGCGUGGGCAGCAGCAGGGGUGCUGUCGGCGGUAGAGACGCGCUCAAAGGCGUUCGGUUUUGUCCAGAAGUUAUCUUCUCGACUGAGGAAAAUCGAGCAACAGAGUCAACCUAGCAUGCCUCCAGGGUCAUUGCAACUCUUCUUCGUAAUCCCUCCCCCGUCUGAGACGAAAUCCCUUCGGAUAUUCAACGGUGAAGAUCUGCUGUACAUGAGCUCCUUCGUGGAUGCAUUUCCGCUCAUGACCUACGAUUUCUCCAACCUGUACGGGCCGGGACCGAACGCCCCAUUACAUUGGGUGAAGACGUGCAUGCGGUUGCUUCUUCCAGGAAUCGACAAAGUCAAAGGCAAGGUGCAGGGUUCCAAGCUGGAGCGUGAAGGGGGCUACAGCCAUGACAGGGAGCUGAAGAGCGUUCAGGACUCGCAAGGCCAAAGUGUCUCAGCAGGAAUUGAGGAAAAAGUGCUUAUCGGGCUGAAUUUCUAUGGCUACCAGUUUGUACCCCCAUUGCCAGGCGGAGAAGCAGUUAUUGCGCACGAGUACCUGAAGAUUGUCGAUGUGGAACGUCCAAAGUUUGUAUGGGAUGAUAUCGCACACGAGCACUUUUUCGAUUAUCCCUCUCCAAGAGGAACUGCACGCGUCUACUACCCGACAUUGAAGUCCAUGGACCUCCGGAUCGAAGAGGCUCGGCAAUGGGGCGCAGGUUUAUCCAUCUGGGAGUUGGGACAGGGACUGGACUUCUUCUGGGACCUUUUCUGAUCAAUAUGACUCUUCUUAGGCUCUAAUCACCCUACCACUAUCGUCAACAUAUCUCAUCGCAUUUACUGCCGUACCUGGAUGAAUCUGACGGCAAUUACAUCCAGGGGAACAAGUGCUCCAGUCUAUUCGUGGGGAGCAGCAUGUGCUGGGAGCCGGGCCCAGCGUCCCAUAUCGAAUUAUACAGGUCAUUGAGAACAUUCGAGGUCGUUUCUACAUGGGAAGAGACUGAGCUAUACAAGGAGGCGGAUGAUGAGGGAGAGUUCGCAGCCAGGAGGCUGCGCUCUGUGUGGGUUGCGUUUCGUCGUUUCACGUGGUUUCUAUUUCGGGUAAGGUGCCGUACAGCGAGGCUAGGACGAGGUUCGUUUGCGGUUUUGGAAAGCAAAAAGAGUGUGUGGUUGCUGUCGUCCUUAAGACUGGUAGCUGAAGCAGCUUGUAGGGCGGGCGGCGGUGGAUUGUUGAGGUAGUUCGAUCCUCGUGGAAGGCGGCGCUCUGGCUUUCCUGUUUCAGGGGUGUUUUCUUGUUUUUCCCAUUCCGUCAUAAAAUGGGGGUGCGUCUGUGAGAUGGGUGCUAUAUUCGUCACGUGCACAAAAGAUAAAAAGUAUGGCAAUGU